AUGCAGGCCGGCACCUUCAUCGUCUUCAGUCUGAUAACAGACACCGAACACCGAAGAGCACCUACCAAAGCCGUUAGUUCACACACUCGCGACGCCGAGCUCGAGUCUGCUUUCAUCCGGUCUCACGUUGCGCAUGUCAAGCACGCGAGGCGUCGACUUGGAACACCAGGCUCUUUCAAUCUCUGGCCCCGCUCGCGGCAAUUCGUUCGACCAAAGCGCGAUGACCGGGAAUCACGUCCAGAGAGGCAAACGUCGCCGCCUCUACUCGCAACACCAAGCACACCCUAUGAACGGAGCGAGAGCGAACUAUUACAGUGGUACUUUGACCACAUCUGCUUAGUAAGGGGGACUGGUGACAGCCCGGCACAAACAUUCUGGGAGGUGAUCGUACCGCAAAUGGCAUGGCAUGAACAAUGUAUCAAGCAUGCCUUUCUUGCGCAAGCUUCGGCAAUGAAAGUGUACACCGAUAAGCGGUGGGGACGUUCUUACUUCUAUCGGUCUCUAAAAUAUCAGAACUCAGCAGUACAACAAUUGGCCAGAAACUCGAUUGAUAUACCUACGUUACUCGCCGCGGCAACGAUUCUAAGUGUUGGGUGCAUGUAUAUGAAUGAAUGGGAACAAGUCUAUCAGCAUUCGCUUGCGGUGUUGAAGCUCUCGAACGCCCUUGAUUCGAAAGUCACGGACGAGCUAAAGCCUGCCCUAAACUAUGCACGGCAACUGUGCGAGGAUGUUCUUGACGCAUACUGCGCGAUAACUGGAACAGUACUACCACGCUCCGUCCGGAGGCUUGGGCACGAAGUGGUGGGCAAAGGCGCCGCAACAGCCGUUUCAAACCCUUACCCUGAAUCAGUCACUACGGCCCAGGGGGGAUCUUACUGCCCGAGUGAAUUUGGCGCUCAGGGAUCUACUACCGCUAAAGAGCGGCAACAGAUGUUCUUCGAUUCUCUAAUGGGACUUGCGGUCACUCAACACGACUUACACCACAUAAUAAAGGCAUUACAGUGUCCCAUUAUGUCUCCAGGUUAUCAGCACCUUCUACAUACAAAUCUCAUGAUGGCGACCUUGAAUUUCGCGCUGUCGACCUUGACGAAGGUCGCCUGGCUAUACAAUAGAUGGACAUCUGAAACAUACCAAAGACAAUACCUGACUAAUAACCAACGACGAGAGCUCCUUCAUCUCAGGGGUUGCCUUCAGAGCUAUGCCAACUCCCAAACUCAAGACAAUAAGUUUGAGACGUAUCUUGCCUGGUUAGUGUCACCAGUACCUCUCUUUAGAGAGAUCAACGCCUUUGCAUCUCUUUUAGAUGCUGAUAGACAAAGCUUUUUGGACGAUGCGAGCGACCACCCGGGCAGGCUGGAGAACAACCAUUGGACCCAGCCCACGCCCUCUGACGAAUUCCCAGUCCUACGCAUUCGACAUUUCUCCUACACUUUCGUGCCUAUAGUAGCAGGAGAAGAUCCACGCUUGCGACAGGAUAUAUGGGAAUGGCUUUCGGUCACUUAG